UCCACAUCCUAUCUCGUGUAUUCCACAUCCCGUCUCGUGUAUUCCAGAUCCUGUCUCGUGUAUUCAAGAUGUUUUUCUUAACCCUUAUCCGAAGACAUGCUUGGUUAUCACAUAGUCUCCUCCUGCAGUGUCAGAUUUGUUUACGCUGUCUGGCGCUAGAUAUGAGGUCGCAAAGAUAACUUGGGGUCGUAGUGGCACCACGUCACCAGAUAUGUUUCUAUCUCAGAAGUGAUAAAAUGGCAUCUAAACGAACAUGUGUGUGUGUGGGCGAUCCAGAUUAUGACGAAACUAUUUCUAAGUGGUUGAAAGAUAUUGGCAGUGACUUAAGUGAUGAAAGUGUGUGUGGAAAAGCAAUGUGUGAUGAUUGCAGAGCAAACAUGUGCAAAUACUGUACUACAGAGUGACUUUUCGUACAAAUUUAAUGUUUUCAAACAAUGUUCGACUAAUAUAUUUUAUCUGGUGGGCCUGGCGGUGCUGGUGCUGUCCAUAUGGAUGCUCACGGACCCCACCUUCUACCUGAGCGUGGCCCAGGACGAGUCCAGCUACAACACAGGGGUGUACAUCCUGCUGGCGGCCGGCCUGCUCAUGUUCGUCGUGGGCUUCGUCGGCUGCUGCGGGGCCUACAAGGAGUCCCCGUGCAUGCUCGUGACCUUCUUCUGUUUCCUGCUGAUCAUCGUGGUGGCGGAGAUCGCGGCCGGGGCCUGGGGCUACAGCCACCGCGACGCGCUCGAGGACUACGUCACCGAGAGCGUCAAGACGACGGUUCAGAACGAGUACGACGUGGUCAAGUCCCGCACCCAGACCUUUGAUGCCAUCCAGCAGGGGCUGCAGUGCUGCGGUGCCAAGGGCCCCGACGACUGGGAGUCGAGCCGCUACAACAUGGCCAACCGCGACGCCAUCGAGCGCAUGGUCUCCUCGGCCUUGAACAAGUACAGGAUCCCUGAGAGCUGCUGCGUGGACCCGCAGUCCGCCCUGUGCCAGUCGGCCGCGCUGGGCGGGGGCCAGGGCGUGCCCCCCGGGGUCAUCCACGGCAAGGGCUGCAUCUCGAAGCUGAUCGACACGCUGCGCCAGCACAUGAACGUGGUCCUGGGCGUGGGGCUGGCCAUCGUCGUCAUCGAGGUGCUGGGCCUGGUGUUCUCUCUGGCGCUGUGCUGCGCCGUGCACGGCGCGGAGAACCGCUACAAGGCCUGAGGCCCCUCCCUGAUGCAGUGAAAUUACCAAAAAAAAUAUUGUUAGUGCUGCUGUUCCUGCAGUGAACUCAACAAGGUUUUCGAGUUCUUUGGCUUCUUUAUUUUUUUAGUUCCAUCUCUCUCCAUGUGGUUCCAUUGCUAAAAAAUUUUCCCCACGUGCAACUAAUGGGCUUUUACUCACUCCGGUAUUCGUUUAUUUGCAUGUACGUAUCGUACAAAAAUUUUUUGAUGAUAUUCUUUUUUUAGAUUUUGUUUCCUGGACUUUUUUUUUUUUUUUUUUUUUUUAAAGUCUUAUUGGGAGUCUCUCAGUCUAAUUAUUUUUUUGGAAUAGACUGGAAGUCAUUCGUCAAUUUUAGAACAAAAUCUUCCUCCCUCAAAUGUAGCAGAACUGCAUGUUUUUUUUUUUUUUUUUUUUUUUUUUGUGUCACAUUGUAAAGUUUGUGUAGCAGUAACAUAGAGAGAGUUUGCAGCUUCUCACUUACAGGAGAUCUAUGUAUAAAACUUUAUAAAGACUGUUCGCGCUUUUCCGUGAUCUUCUUUGGCUGGAUCUGAUUUUUUCUUUAACCGUUCCGUUGUGAUGCUAAGGUCUUGUAGGUCAGUUACUUAGCUGCAUUGGCUUGAAGGUAAGCACUGAAUCUUAAGUUUGAGAACAUUUUGAGUAAAAUGUUGAACAGUUUUUGUUUGGAAACACAUUUUGUGCUAAAUCCUGUAGAUGAAGCUAAGAAUGUUCUGAACUUGAGUGCGCUAGGGUAGGGAUUCUUGCCGUGCCAAAUGAGGUCGUGCAGACGGUCAGUACUAGGUGAUUGGUAAUCGGCUAAUGGCACAUCAUUAGGAUUGUAGUCACACGCCAGAUUGUGUGGCCUCCCUCGCAAACAAAGUAUUUAAGUUUAUUUUGUUGAGCCACUAGUGUCUUCAGCCGGCAGCCAAGUAUUUCUGGUUCAUUGAGGUGCAGUGUACGUCGGUCCCGGUCAGGAGUACAGUCUGCGCAAGCCACAGGUUUCUCCGCACCGCACUAUUGUUACACGUGUGACACUAGUUUCCGGGAGGCUUGGCAGGAAAAGACGUGCUGAUGAAACUAUUCGGUGACCCCAGAUAAAGAGCUUGUUCGCAGAAACUGUCUGCUGUCGAGGGGGUCUCGAACGGUGUGUUUACCGAUGAUGGCACUCGAUCUAAACAAGAAAAACCAACCAAAUGUGCUGCAUUCAUAGAGUUGUGUCUUGUCAGUUGGAUUGGCUCUACAUUAGUUUCAGUUUACGAUAGUAGAAAUAAAAGGUGGGUUAUUCAAGAACUGGAAUUACUUGAAAUAAGUGUGUUGUUGCCUUCAGAAAUCCUCAGUUCGUUGUUUUAUAUUUGUCGUAGGCGUUGUGUGUGUGUUGCAGCUAUGUUUCUGUAUUGUUAUCAAGACCUUAGUGCAUCAGAAUGAUAGAAUCCUGUAUUUGAGUCUUUUGGUUCUCGAUUAUUUAGGAAUUAGUUUAUAUAAUUUUAGAUGUAUUUUUUUUUUUACAAUUUUUUAAUUUAACUAUCAUUAGUACAUAGGUAGCUUUGCAUUGAGUAGGAAGGUACAUAGUUGUUUGUGCCAUUACUUCAGACAAAAGCCCAAAUGUAGUCGAAUGACACAAAUGUCAGUUUAUUAAUGUCUUUGACUGUUAGCUGAUACAUUCUCAAGAAAAGGGCACGUCAGCAUGUCUUUGUCGAUUAAUCGACCCUUUUGCCAUAAGUAACUGCAUGCCUCAAAGUGAAAACCAAAUAUCCGUACAUUUUAAGUGUAUUUAAAUAAAUGUAUUUUCUUAUUGUGAAUAUUUACUAAAGAAAGAGGGUUUAGAACACUUCAUAUGAUGAGCUUUAGUGCAUGUUUUGUAGUUUAGCUUGUAUGUAGUGGCAUUGAUGUUCUUAGUGUACAUAUGUUUUCGUGCCAAAUGAAAAUCUGACAAUCCCACCUUGUUGCUAAUGUUGUGCCAGUCAAAAAUUUGCAUAAAUACUUUAUUAUUUUAUUUGUGUGUGGAAGUGAGAGGCUACUACACCAGUAGCAAUUGGAAUAAGAAUAUUUUGUCAUGAUCAUGUGUUCAGGUUCUCAGUUGUAGUGGCUGGUGUGUAGAAUGGAGUGCAACUGUGAGUUACGUACUUUAAGACGUUCUAUUUCAAAUAAACAGUUCUUAACGCGACCUGGUUUAGCUAAAAUGUGCAUUUUUUUACCAAAUGGUUGUAGUUAACUGCACGAGAAAUUCAAAAAUGUCGUGAAAAUGGAUUGAUGUGUACGUAUUUCUUUCAUCAAUGGGUAAAAAAAAAAAUUUAUUAAGUUUUGGUAAAGCACAGCCUUGUGUUUUUCUUUCAGGCGAGUCUGGUAAAGCUGUGUUUUCAUUGGGAAACUAAUUAAAUUUGAGGAAGUGUUUCACAACUGUAAACCUUUCUUUACGUCUUGUGUUUAUGGGUUAUGCAAGGUCCCUCGCUGGCCAGUGUCAGUAUGAUUUAGUGUUUUGGGAUUUAGACGUUUAGGGUAACUGCGUGAUCAAUUAAGGGAACACAAGAUAGUUGUGUAUGUUAAAAUUUUUGUAAUUCUGCUUGGGUUUUGGAACUGCUGGUGGGCGUGUGGAGAGCCACGAGUGCCCGAGAUGCAUUGGCCCGGACGAUUGAGGUCUGUAAGGUGUGUAAACCAGCAGAAACGACCUGUCUCAUCAAGUUUGCUCCUUGGUUGCUACUGUGUGGUUGCACGCACUCUGCCUCAUGCCUGUAAUGCUUACGAAUGCUUCGGUCGAGUAGAGGGAUGUGUCUGGCACUGCAUCCCGCGGUCUGUCGGGCGCUAGAGCAAGAUUGGUAAAUGUCGUGCAGCUUUGUCCGCGUGUUCGUGCUUUCCGCGAUGCCGUUGUCGGGUGUGGUCGCCCUGGAGUUCUCGAAUGCUUUCCCAUGUAACAAUCAGAUAUGUGACAUGAUUGUAUGAUUAGUAAUAAUGUUUACUGGAUGUGUUCAAAAUCUGUGUACUGGGUACAACUUGACAAGACUAAUAUACAAAUAAAACUUUAGGCUUUCGUGAUGGUAGGUCUAUGUAGGACAAACCUAUAUAGUAUAUUUACAUAGUAUAAUUUUAAAAUAACAUAUUUUUUACAUCUGUGCUUCAUAUACUAUAGUUUUUGAGAGUUUCUUUGUGGACUGUAGAACUAAUCGCCAGUGUUGCAUAUGGCACGAGUUUGUGUUCAGGUGUUGUGAACCUCACCAUGUGAUGGUGUCUGAAGAUCUGAAAGCUGAUUGGCUGAAGUUAGGUUCCAUCACUGAUAUUUUUGUGAAUGAAAAAUUAUAGUGAUAGUUUAGACAUGUGCAACAACAACAAAAAAAUAUGCUGCAAAAAUAAUUUUACUAAAAAGUAGAUGGGUAGUAUUAUUCGUUAACUGUGUUUUUUUAUCUCAGGUAUUUAGUUUUAGUUUUCCACUAACCCUGUAAUCUGUGUACUAGUUUGUACAACUAUGUAAUAAGUAGAGUUUAAAAAAAAAAUAGAUAUAUAUUUUUAAGUAUACCUACGUAGUGAAACUGUUGUUAAAUUGUGAUUGCCAGUUUUGCAAUUUGAGCUUAGUAAUGGCUGUUUGAAAAGUAAGUAUUUUGCAGAUUAAAACAAGCAUUGUCACCAUUGGCUAGAAAACUAUUUUCUCUGUUGUGUGGUGUUGUACAGAACUAUAUGCACAACUAAUUAUUUUAAAUGCACAGUUGCAACUGAAGUUAUAUCUGCCACAAUUUUAAUUGGGAAUUCUCAUUCAGAGGAAUUGUGCAGAGAAGUGGCUCUGGGGAAAAGCUAAUAAUAACUAAAGUGCAAGUUUGGUUAGGUAAGUCAGCUACAUUAAUAAUAUGUAUUACAUAUUAAUUAAACAACCUUUCAACCAGCCUUUCACUUCAGAUAUUUUAAUUUUAUCCCAGAAGCCACUGCUGAAUUAAUUUAAGUUUUUGAAUACAUUUUUGUUACAUUAAAACAGUUUUUUUUGCAUAAAACUGUCUUACAUGUUUGGUGAUAUGUUCAGAACAGAAGUUACGUAUCUGUUUCUAAAAUCAAACUUAAAUCAAAAAUUUAAAAAUUAUUAAGUGUAUUCAUGGAAUGCAUUUUGUUACCUAUGUAACACUUUCAGACCAUUAGUUUUGAGUGCCAAAGUCUUGUGUUCAGCAAUAAUUUUUUAGACAUAUAUAUAUACGUUUAUUGAUUUAGCUAGAUGUAGCUUGUUAUAUAGUACAAGUUGCAGUGUGCGAAGUUCUGUGUUGAGUUGGGAGCCAGCGAUCAGAUUGUUGAUUUUCCGAUGCUUAGAUGUUGGGUAGUGAAUGUUAUGGUUGUGUCCAGUUUGGACGAAUUUCAGAAUUUUAUUGACGUUGGAGGAGAAAAUGUUAGUAAUUGUUUUGUGUGUUUGGAUACAUAACCUGCGUUCCGUCGCUAUUCAGUUCAUCUGUUCUCACACUGUCCACACACUGCAGGCAAGUGUGGAGAUGCCGUAGAGUGGUUGCACAAUAAAAAGGAGAAUAGUCUUGUGCCAGGCACACGUCGUACACUACUUUGAAUUCAUUUUUUAUGAGUAUUUUUUGUUACUUCCAUUUAAGCAACUAUGUAUACCAUUAAUAAUUAUUAAAACAUUGGAGAAAACCUUGAAUGUUCUUGAGGUAAUUCUGGUUUAUAGCUUUAGUACAAAAUCAAACUCUCUAGUCUACGUGAAUAUUUAAUCAAGUUCUCAAAAAACUAAAUUAUUUCAAAAUUGAUAUUAUAUUUCAAACUUUUUUUUACAUUUGCUGGAAAUGAACAGUGUUAAAGGCUCUGACAGUGAAGAUAAACCUAAAGACCUGUUUCCUGGCGCAGUUAUGUGGUACGACUUUUAACACUUGUCUUGUGCCUGGCAGUUUUAUUAGUAACACAAGGACUUAUUUGAUUGCAGCCUGAAGGGCGUGAGGAAAGAUUUUGAAUUAAGAGAAGUGUUUUAUGUUGUAAAACUACUAUUAUUCAGAUACAUCUGUAUUAGCUGAUACCAAAAAUUUUACUCUUCUGCUCAAUGCUAAUUUACACUAAAGCAUUCGCUCUGAAGUUUGAACGAAACAGGUUUCACUGAAUGUGUAAGCUUACCACUUUCGAGUUUCAAGCAGUGGACUUGUGUGGCAUAACCUUUUUCUGUUGGCUGCCUUGCAGUGUUACCACUACACUUCUCUUUCACACAGCGUGGUUGUGUCAACAGUGGAAUGUGGUGGACAGUGUUCUUUGUUGAGUGUUUUCCGUCUAGAGCUAGCUUACAGUAACAGAAAGUGUUUGAAGGCAAGAUUAAUGUUAAAAAGUGAAUUUUGCUAAGUAUUUCUAUUUCAUGUUGAGAUUAAAAAAUGAAAUUAUGGAGAUUAAGUGGUAUAACUGCUAAUUUGUAAACAGUAUUUUUAUGUUUCUGUAUCAAAGUUUAUUCAGGGAAAAAUUUUGAUGUACACAAGAUUUGUGAAUCCAGUAUGUUUUUUUCACUUUAUUUUCCAUAAUAACACAUGUAUUUUGAGAUGAAUAACUAAUUUGCAAGAACAGUGUGCAUGCAGUGAGUUUUAUAACUAUUUUAAUGGUAAAUUCAAUCUGUCAUUGAAUAUUGUAAAAAAACCAUUACAUUGUGUAGUUAGGCAAAAUUUGUUUCAUUUGUAAUGACUAAUGAGUGUACAUAUCAAUUUUGCUGAUUCCAUAACAUUUUUCUUAAACUACACUAAACAAAUCGCCUCACUGUUCAUGCAUACACACACUGACUCUGUUACUGUAUGAAUGAUUUGAGUGAACUAGAAACAGAGGUGAAGUUAUUGCACUGAGAAGCAAAACAUGCAAGACUUGUAGAGAUUAUCAUGUUGGUGAUUUUAAGACUACUUAAUAAGUUACACCAUCUCCUGAUGUGGAAAUGCUCUUGCAUCUUACAACAGUGUGUUCAUUUUGCUUUAAUGCUUAUGACUUAAUAUUGACUACUACUUACUCAUAUACAGUGUACAUUUUUGUGUAGGUAUUGUUUAUAUGUCUUAAUUUUUUGUAUACAAUUUUUGAAAUAAUUUUUAAUAUGUUGAUGAUUGUAUCAUUUAGUAACAAGAAUCUCUGUUGUACAAAUGUACAAUUAAUGAUAAUAAAGUUAUGUCUACAAAAUA